AAAGAAAAACCACACACCCUAAACCUCUACUGGGUACAAUCCACCACUCGUUUCUCGAGGCCCUUAAGCAAGUAUAAAAACCUCCCCAACCCCAUCACUUUAAUCACCAAAUUCCUCCAUCACUAAUCUUAAUUUUCAGGCAUUUCUAUUCAACUCUGCUUUCUCAAGAAGAGCUCAAAUUAAGAAACAUGAGCAGGCCAGGAGAUUGGAACUGUAGGUCAUGCAACCAUCUCAACUUCCAAAGGAGGGAGUCGUGCCAGAGGUGCGGGGAGCCAAAAAGUGGGGAUAGAGUUGAGUAUGGAAGUUUUGGUGGAAGAGGUGGAGGUGGUGGUUCAUUUGGAUUCACCACCGGCCCGGAUGUCCGCCCCGGUGACUGGUACUGCACCAUUGGCAAUUGUGCAGCGCAUAACUUUGCCAGCCGCUCCAGCUGCUUUAAGUGUGGUGCGUCCAAGGAUGAAUCAUCCAGUGGCGGUGGUGGCGGCUAUGAGGGUAGAGGGUUUGGAUUUGGGAGCGGUGGAAGUAGCUCUGGUCGCUCUGGAUGGAAAUCUGGAGAUUGGAUUUGCACAAGGUCAGGGUGCAAUGAGCACAACUUCGCUAGCAGGACGGAAUGUUUCAGAUGCAAUGCUCCAAGGGACAACAAUGGUGGCAAGUCUCCAUAUUAACCCGUAAAUUUUCAUCAUUUUCAGUGAGUACUGCUGUGCUUUGCUGAAGGAACUGAGAGAAGAACAUGAUUCCCGUAUGAUGGCUUGAGCUAGCUACUCCUUUAGUGGGCCAGAUGACCACCCUUCUAUAUUUUUUUUUCCUCUUUCAAUUCCCUUUUCCUUCUCCUCCUUCAUUUCCAGUUUCUAUCUUUUAUUUUUCUAAGGAGCUUAAUUUGAAUUGUGUCUGAUGAAGACUUGAUGAAGUAGUACUUUAACAAAGCUAAAUGAUUUGUCAUUUUGUGAGCUUUCUUAUGAUAUGAACUAUAUAGGCAUGUAGUUUUCUGGUACUAUUAAACUAAUUUAUCAUC